CUUUAUAAACAAACAAGAACUUCUCAACACACCACAAUUUCCUCACACAACCCAAAAAGAAUAUAGCAACUCUGAAGAAAGGAAAAAAAAAUGGAGGUAAUGGACAUUCUAUUACUUGGCUUAGCUUUUCUCUUUUUUUGUGUAUGGUGGAAAUAUUGGUCAGUCACUGGAGGUGGCAAAAAAAAUCUGCCACCAGGGCCACCUGGUUGGCCAUUAGUAGGAAAUCUUUUCCAGGUUGUUCUCCAACGUCGUCCGUUUAUUUAUGUAGUACGUGAUUUACGUAAAAAAUACGGCCCUAUUUUCACCAUGCAAAUGGGGCAACGUACCCUUGUUAUAAUCACUAGCUCCGAACUCAUCCAUGAAGCCCUAGUCCAAAAUGGCCCGCUUUUCGCGAGUCGACCUCCAGAUUCACCGAUCCGUCUUAUAUUUUCCGUUGGAAAGUGCGCCAUUAACUCGGCCGAGUAUGGCCCGUUAUGGCGCGCUUUGCGACGUAAUUUUGUGACGGAGUUGAUAAAUCCAACGAGAAUUAAACAGUGUAGUUGGAUAAGAAAAUGGGCUAUGGAAUACCACAUGAAAAGGCUAGAAAAUGAAGUAUCUCAACAGGGUUUUGUUGAGGUGAUGGCUAAUUGUAGGCUUACUAUAUGUAGCAUUCUCAUUUGCCUUUGUUUUGGAGCUAAAAUUUCUGAAGAGAGAAUCAAGAAGAUUGAGAUCAUACUCAAAGAUGUUAUGCUUAUUACUGCUCCUCAGCUUCCUGACUUCUUGCCGGUGCUCACACCGUUGUUUCGCCGCCAAGUGAAACAGGCAAAGAAGCUGAGGCAGACUCAACUUGACUAUCUAGUUCCUUUGGUAAGAGACAGGAAGGCAUUUGUGAACAGCAAUGGAGACCCUAAAAGCAGCCAUUCAGAAAUGGUGAGUCCAAUUGGUGCAGCCUAUGUUGAUUCAUUAUUUAGUCUUGAACCACCUGGCAGGAAACUAGGAGAAGCAGAAAUUGUCACACUUGUUUCAGAAACAAUAGGUGCAGGAACUGAUACAAGUGCCACUGCACUAGAAUGGGCUUUGCUUCACCUAGUGACAGAUCAAGAAAUCCAAGAAAAGCUCUACAAGGAAAUAGUUGAUUGUGUUGGUAAAAAUGGUUCCAUUUCAGAAAGUGACGUUGAGAAAAUGCCUUAUCUUGGAGCCAUUGUGAAGGAGACUUUUAGGAGGCACCCACCUAGCCAUUUUGUGUUGUCACAUUCUGUAACAAAUGAUACUCAAUUAGGAGGGUACAAUAUCCCUUCUGAUGCCUAUGUUGAAUUUUACACUGCAUGGUUAACUGAGGAUCCUAGCCUAUGGAAAGAUCCGGGCGAGUUUCGGCCGGAAAGGUUUUUGACUGGGGACGGAGUUGAUGUGGACAUUACUGGAAUGAAGGGCGUGAAGAUGAUGCCAUUCGGGGCGGGUCGUCGAAUCUGCCCCGCUUGGUCAUUGGGUACGUUGCACAUCAACUUGAUGCUUGCUAAGAUGGUCCAUAGAUUCAAGUGGAUACCCAUACCCGACAACCCACCCGACCCGACAGAGACCUUUGCUUUUACUGUAGUGAUGAAAAAUCCCCUUAAAGCAAUUAUUUUGCCAAGGAUCUAAAUUUACGGCAAUUAAUUAUAUCGUGUUUGGUUAAUUUCCAGAUGUGUGUUCAUGUGGCGUGCGAUGUAUUAGGUCUCAGGUUGCCUCUUUUUUAUGUACGUUAUACGAAUUAUGGAUAAAUGUUUUUUUUUUCAUUCUGUUUUUUUUUUAAUGUAAAGCCUCUCUAGAUCCUAGAAUUUAUGGUUGUGGGGCCUAUUUUGUCCAGAAUAUUAGAUUAUGUAUUAAUGAAAAUUUUAUCUAUAUAGUACUAACAA